AGGUUGAAAUCCCGCCCACCCUAAUACAUAUUGGAUCUAACCAAAGUCCACACUCCUGUAUCUAAUGGCAGACAAUGACCCGAAGGACCCUCCGCCACCAUACUACUCUGUGGCAGCGGACCCACAGACACCUCCUAUGACCUAUGAGGAGGUAAUUUGUCAGGACAAAUAUGGGUUCACACAGAAACCUGUGCCGUACUAUGUUCCAAAGUAUCCAGCACCAGUAAAGGUAGAUGCCGUCAUCAUAACUACACAGCAUGUUGUUGACUGUGGCAAGCAGCAAAGUGCCUCCAGGAUCAUAGGGGGCAGCACCUCUCAGAUUGGCCAGUGGCCUUGCUCAAUGAGGAAUUCUGGAAAUUGGCGUGUCUAUGCUGGGGCUAUUUCCCAGAGUGCCCUUCAGAUACCCUACCUUGUGAAGAAGAUCAUAGUAAAUGAGAACUACAACCGUAACAACAAUGAUUAUGAUGUCGCCUUGCUGAAACUCAGUAGUCCUGUUACCUUCUCCAGUGAGUCUUAUGCAUCAAAUCCAGUGGAUAGCAAGAUGUCUGUAGCCCUUACUGUAGGACCGAGAUCAGCCAAACUAAUACAGGGUCUGGUCAAUGUCAGUUUGGGCUGUCAGGAUGAGAAAGCAGUCUCACUUGAAUGCACAGACUGUGGCAAGCAGCAAAGUGCCUCCAGGAUCAUAGGGGGCAGCACCUCUCAGAUUGGCCAGUGGCCUUGGCAGGUUAGCCUGCAUUACACUGGAAGCCAUGUUUGUGGUGGAUCACUUGUCUCUCCAGACUUUGUUGUGUCAGCUGCCCAUUGCUUCCAAGGCUCAAUGAGGAAUUCUGGAAAUUGGCGUGUCUAUGCUGGGGCUAUUUCCCAGAGUGCCCUUCAGAUACCCUACCUUGUGAAGAAGAUCAUAGUGAAUGAGAACUACAACCGUAACAACAAUGAUUAUGAUGUCGCCUUGCUGAAACUCAGUAGUCCUGUUACCUUCUCCAGCACUGUGCAUCCAGUUUGCUUUCCUACAUUUGACCAAACCUUUUCUGAUGGAUCAGAGUGCUGGACAUCUGGCUUUGGAACAACACAAGAGGGAGCAGACCGUGCCUCUACAAGCCUCAUGGAAGUGACAGUGAAUAUCAUCAACACGCGUCUGUGUAACAGCAGUCAGGUGUACCGUGGGGCCAUCACCAAGAAUAUGAUAUGUGCCGGUGAUAUGAAUGGGGGCCGGGACUCCUGUCAGGGGGACAGUGGUGGUCCGCUGGUGUGCAAGGGGGAUAAUAACCGCUGGUAUCUGGCUGGAAUUACGAGUUGGGGAGCUGGAUGUGGACAAAGACAAAGACCAGGAGUAUAUAGCAGAGUGACCAGCCUUCUGCCCUGGAUCUACAGCAAGAUGCAGCAAGAGAAGCCCUGAUGCCUCUUUUCUGUAUGAUGAGUCCAUUCCUGAUGACAACAGUGGACACAGCGAAAAAGAUGAAGGACAGAGCAAUGCACUUUGACAUGGGACAAUGUUGCAAUAUAUGUAGCCACAAUUGGACAAAGAAAAACAGACUUUACUAAUCCCACAUUCUCAAGUAAGAAAACAAUAACACAACUCAACUUGAUAAAGCAGAGCUGCAGGCAUUGAGGACCCUGUGGUCCACUUCUGUCGCUGUGCUUUCCUCGUUCUUUACUUUGCAUUUGUACUGUAAGUUCAGGGCACAGCCGCUGAAUCUGAGCCUUUGUUGCCUCUUUGUAUUGGUAUCCUUGGUACUUGGUAUCCUUGCACUGAUUCUACAAAAUAAUAUUGGGAGUAUUUUGAAAAUAUGUAUUUAAUAACCAAAGGGGUGUUCAUUUUGUUUGAAAAUCAGUGUCUAUGAACUACGAUAAAAUGUGGUUGUAUUGUUUUAGCCUAUGUGAAGGGUUCGUCCUUCUCUAUUUCUGAUUCAUACUGUUUCUUUAUAAAUCAUGCCAGAAUGGAUACAGUUUGAGCUUUAUUCUCUGAUUGCAACAAAUUAAUAUACGGGAGAAUGGGGCUAGCUAUGAAAAAUGCUGUAUCUCAUUAGGCUGUAACCACUAUGGCACAUUCAGAUUUCCAGUGCAACACUUCAGCUGAAAGAGUGUGAGGAAAGAUAUGUAAACAAUUUUGGCAACUAUUUUACAA